GCUUGCCCAGACCUCUGGAGCCACAAGCAGGCCGAGUGAGGUAAAAAAAACCAAGCAAUCCCAAGCAAUGGAGAACAACACCCCGUCACUUCGUCAUACAUGUUGUUGCCAACAGUGGGCUUUAAGGCUGGGAAUAUCGACACCAUUCUCGGCGGAGAUGCUUUCUCUCGAUGCUUCUGUAGACUGAUCGCGCCCAAGUAAAGUCUGCAUUUUCAGCCAUAUGUAGUCCUCAAUUUGACAUUGAACAAAAAUAACAGCGAGCGCUUAAGAAAAUACCAAGGAUGGCGCCCUCGGAUGAUUUCGAGCAGGAGGCCGGUCUCGGGAGGCGACUCUACACCAAGCCUCACUCGGGCAGGCACCCGAUCCCUACAAUACACAGCUACCGAGAGCACAGGAAGGAGCUUGAGAGCCAGCAGCAACAAACAGAAGCUGCUCAGCACGGACCCGAGGACGACUCCAGACCGAGGCGGGCUUACGAAUCAGUAAAGGCCAUCUUCAAGGACGAAGACAAACCUGGGGCAGAGCACGAUCCAUACCCAUCGACGAAUAGGCACCGAGCAGACAGGCCAAGGAAUGAGAGCCCUACUGGGAAUUAUGACCAUGGAGGUGAUGGAGAUGACCAUGAAGUCUACCACGAGGACGAGGGGGACGCCAGCGUUGAUCACAAGGAUAAGGACGAAUCCAGCAACGGUCAUGGCCACCACCACGGCCUCAAGAAACAUGGAAACGGAAAGAAGAACGGAAAGCCGGAAAAGUCAGCGACAGAGACUGCUGCAAGCGCCCUGGACCCAAAGGAGAAGCGCAAGGCGAUGAAGAAGACCAAGAGGCUAGGCGGCGGCCGAGAGGUUACAGAUCCCAUCACGCAUCUUCCCCUAGUCAUACACGACAGAACGGAGAAGGACCUGAACGCAGCCGCGGGCAACAAUUUCCAACCAGGGCUUUCGCAUGAGACAAGCACGGGCGAAAAGUCGGAAGAGCAUCUGGAGGAAGAACGUGACUUGUCGCAGCGUGGCUACAAUGGCAUGCAAGCCCUGUUCCCCCCGCCGGAUUUUGACCAUCUCAAACAAGAGCUGGAAAAGAUACACGAGCGGGCCAUGAUUGUGGGCCUGGUCGUUACUUCAUGCUUGACUGCGUUCCUCAUGAUCUUCCUGACGUCCAAACCACCCGAAGAGGCCCCCAACAGCUUUCUCGCAACCAUGUAUCGUAUCACUUCCAACACUGCGGGCAUGGCCGUCUUCGGGGGUCUCGUGGCUGCGGCCGUUGUUGGUACCGGCAACUGGAUGCGCCACAAGGUCUCGGCGCUGUUUGACGACGAGACUUGGGAUGCAGCAAAACGUGAAGAGGCUGCCGUUUUGGACUCGGAAGAAGAGCUACCCGAAUCCGUCCAGUGGCUCAACAGCAUGGUGGCAUCGAUCUGGCCCCUCAUAAACCCGGAUCUAUUCGCCUCAGCGAUAGAUAUGAUCGAGGAUGUCAUGCAGGCCUCUCUGCCCAAGGUCAUCAAGAUGGUCAGCGUGGACGACAUGGGCCAAGGAAGCGAGUCGGUCCGCAUUCUGGGCAUACGGUGGCUGCCCACGGGCGCAGCGAGCCACUCCGUGUCGGCUGACGGCAAGAUUGAACAGUCUGGCGAAGGUUCACGAGAGGAAUCGAAGCACAACUCCCAGACCGAUAUUCCCAACGCCGAUGGCGAAGAAAACAUUGAACGGAAAGAUCACAACGGCAGACGUGAUGGGGAAGGUGAUUUGGAUGGUCCGGACGCGCUCACAAAGCAUGAAGAGUCAAGUCCAUCCGCCAUCAGGACGGGCAUGAUGGCCGAGGAGGGCGAUUUUAUCAACCUGGAGCUCGCCGUGGCCUACCGUAGUCGUUCUUCCGGCAAAUCGAUCAAGUCAAAGUCCAAGAACGCCCAUUUGUACCUCAAGUUUUACCUCCCCGGCGGCAUCGCUGUACCGGUGUGGGUGGAAGUCAGGGGAUUCAUCGCUACCCUGAGGCUUCGCUUGCAGCUCACGCCUGAUCCGCCUUUUAUCGACCUCUGCACCAUGACAUUCCUCGGCCAGCCCAAGGCGAGUCUGUCUUGCGUCCCGCUGUCAAAGCACAACCUCAACAUCAUGGACGUGCCACUGAUCUCGUCAUUCGUGCAGUCGGCCAUAGACGCCGCCAUGGCAGAAUAUGUGGCACCAAAGAGCCUUACUCUUAACCUGAAAGACAUGCUCGUGGGCGAGGACUGGAAGAAGGACACAACUGCGCGCGGAGUGGUAUGGAUCUUUAUCAAGCAGGCCCGUGGCUUCAGGCAAGGUGAUGCUGGAUUGGGGCCCUUCACCGAGUCCACAUCAGAUGCGUACGUGACGGUGUCCUGGGGCAAGUUCGGCAAGCCUGUGUCGGCGACACGAAUCGUUGAAAAGGAGCGGAACCCCGACUGGCACGAAUGGGCCUCGAUCCUAGUUACUCCCGAGGAGCUCAACGCAGAAGAGAAGUUGCGUUUGCAGCUUUGGGACUCUGACAGAUGGACGGCAGAUGACGACCUUGGAAGGGUGGAUUUGGACUUGAAGUACCUCAUGACCAAUGAAGAAACCAUGAACCGGAUGCAGGAUCGAGAGGACAGAUUCUGCGGCGAAGACUCUGAGGAGAAGGUGCCCGGCACGCUCACCUGGUCCGUUGGGUAUUUCUCCAAAACUCGCAUCACAGACAAGGUCCUCGAGAAGCAAACCUACAACCCCGAGAUCAAGUCCAAGGCUCAUCUCAAAGAACAUGUGUCAGACAUGGCAGAGUACAAGCUUCGCGAGUCGGGCAAGGCGCCGGAAGACAGCGAAGUCAAGCAGCAGAAGGCCCAGGACUACAAGGAGAUCGAGGACAACAUGAUAAUAUCUGCACCUCCAUCUGAGGAUUAUCCCUCGGGCAUUCUCAGCAUACAGAUCCACAACAUCACCGGCCUUGAAGUGCAGCGACUGAACAAGAAGGACAAGAAUACAAUGAGCGAGUACGCCGAGGAAUCGGAGCACGAGGACGACAUGCCUGACAGCUACUGCACCAUAAUACUCAACCACAGGAAGGUGUACAAGACGCGCACCAAGCCCAAGAACUCGAAGCCAUUUUUCAACGCUGGGACCGAGCGUUUCGUCAAGGACUGGCGCACGGCCGAGGUCAUGAUAUCGGUGCGAGACUCACGUGAACGGGAGGACGACCCGCUCAUCGGCCUCAUCUUCCUCCCUCUCGCCAAGGUCUUUGCGAAUCGCACUCAACUACACGAAGACUAUCCUCUGAUCGGCGGGAUCGGUUACGGCAGGGCGAGGGUCAGCAUGGUGUGGCGUAGCGUCGAGCUCAAGCUGCCGCAGCAUCUCUUGGGGUGGAACUACGGCACCAUCGAGAUCAAGGACGGCAUAAGGUCCAAAGUCUACGGUGCUCUGCCUGCCGACAUACGCAAGAAUCGCAUCAAGGUCCGGACAAACAUGGACAGGAUCAAGCUCUACCCACGCGGUGGCAGGACGGGGCAGAAUGGAUCCGACGGUCGUCCUGGAGAGUGGAAGCCCAAAGAAAAGAAGCAUCGGGACGGCGCCUUCCUCCCCGUUCGCAGGCGCUACGCCUCAUGUCUCGUCAUCGAGUUCCGUGAGGAUGGUUUCAUUGCCAACAGCACGGCAGCAUUCGCGGUGCUGUGGCUCCAUGAGCUUGUGGAUGAGGAGGAGCAGGAGGUCACGCUCAAGGUAUGGCGCGGCUCCAAGGAUGCACUCAAGCGAGCCGAGUCUUGCUGCGACUACGAUGGGAUGCACGAUGGAGAAACACACCUGGGCGAGGUCGUCAUGACGUUGAGGUUCUGGCGCGGUCUUUCGGGUUACCACAAGAGCUACGCGUCCAAGUCCAAGAACCAGGACAUGCGCAACGUCAUGGAGUGUCUGGACACCAUUACAGACGAGGGUCUGCGCGACGUGGAGGGCGACGAGGGCGACGACUCGGACGACAGUGACAGCAGCGACGAGGAAGGCGGCGCGAAUCAGGCGGACGACGACGACGACAAGGAGAAUGCCGAGGAGAAGAAGACGCGGAAAAAGCUGCAGACGCACGCCAACGACUCGGAAUCGGAAAUAUCAGACAGCGACGACGACGACAAUGACAGGAUCAAGAGGUCGAACGGGCAGUCGUCGCGACUCUCGCUCUCCCGGUUCAAAAAAAUCAAAAGCAUCUUCCGGUCGCCGGUGAACGGUGGCACGGACGCGGCGCUCAACGUCGUGGCGCCGGGUCACAACUCGCCCGACGAUCCGGACACCGGGCUGAGGGGCCAGUUGAGGGAGUACAAGGACCAUCAUCGGUCCCUGCACCGGAAGCAUCGGGGUGUGAUGCAGUGGCGGGUGGCCAGGGAAGCGGACCACGUUGGCGGCAAGUUCAGCAGGCUCAAGGGCACUGUGCAGGGGGCUUUCAAGCAUGGAGACAAGCAUAUUGGGAUUGAGACGGAAGUCUAACUCUUUUUUUUUUUUUUUUUUUUUUUUCUCAAUUGUUUUCGUACAAAGAAAUCGGAUCGACCGAACAGAAUGACGGAGGGAAAAAUAUCGGUUGCAUCGAUUUGAAGAAAGUAAUUAAUAAUGUCAUAAGCUUAUGUUCGCCUGUAUGUCGUUAUUUCUGUUAGU